GUCUUGAGGAGCACGCACUACAAUGGUGCUCAAGACCCAGACUUGCCGCUUUAGCGGCUUGAGGAUCUACCCUGGCAAGGGUGUGCUCUUCAUCCGCACUGACGGCCAGCAAUUCCUGUUUUUGAAGCAGAAGUGCCGCUCGCUGUUUAUCCAGCGGAAGAGGCCCGCCAAGCUUGCCUGGACCACGCUGUACCGCAAGCAGCACCGCAAGGACCAGGAGGCCCAGGUGGCCCGCAAGAAGCGGCGCAACGUGACCAAGGCGGCCACCCGCUCCGUGGCGGGCACGUCCCUGGAGGUGAUCCAGAAGAAGAAGGCGGAGAAGCCCGAGGCACGCAAGGCCUCGCGCGAGGCAGCCCUGCGCGAGAUCAAGGAGCGCACCAAGAAGGCCAAGGCCGACAAGGCGCAGCAGAAGCUGCAGGCCAAGGCGUCGGGCAAGGCGGUGAAGAAUGUGCCCAAGGGCGCCGGCAAGGCCGGAUCCAAGUCCACCGGCCGCUAAGCAGCACACGAUGCAGCGCCAGCAGCCAUACAUCUGGGCACGCAGUAUCCCGCUGGCACUAGUGCCGCAGUUGGCGCUGCGUGUGUAACCACACCGUCGG